AUGCGGUAUGUGCACAGGGUAUUAAGCGCGUGCGAUAUGUGCACCACAUCACUCACAUCUCAUCUGUUGUUUGACUUGAACUAUAAAGCACACCAUAGCCUUUCCGUCCUUCCUUCCUUCCUUCUCCUCUUCCUGCCUCCCCAUAUGCCCCCCUCCAUCGCUCUCCCCUUCGAACCCACUUCCUGGCUGCUACGUGCAAAGGGCGUGCGCACACACGACGGGUACCAAUUGCUGGAAGAGGGCUUUGUUGGCCUCACCUCACAUCCUCUUGUCGUGGUUUGUCCCCCCUCCAUCUCCCCUCUCCCCUUGCUGCUCCAACCAUCAGACGUGCGCACACAGGGCAUGUACCAGAUGCUGGACGAGGGCUUCGUUCGUGGGGCUCAUAUUCCCCCUGUGUGUUUCUGGUCAACUCACAAUACCGCCAUUUCUCCCCCCUCCAUCUCCUCCCACCUUGCUGCUCUCUGCCCAUCAGACAUGCGCACACAGGGCAUGUACCAGAUGCUGGGCGAGGGGCUGCACAUGCGCACACAGGGCAUGUACCAGAUGCUGGACGAGGGCUUUGUGGGGCUCAUGUCCUCUCUAUGCGCCUCUGACGUGCGCACACAGGGCAUGUACCAGAUGCUGGACGAGGGCUUCGUGGGGCUCAUAUUUUCCGCCUUCAACCGCGCCUCCUCGCAUGCCCAGGCGGGUCAGUUGCAGGCAGUGGCCUUUCAGUCUGUCUCGGCACGCGACAAGGAGCAGCGGGAGCAGCGGUCACGGCACACCCCGGCACGGGGGCAGUGGGCGCAGCUGGGCACCAAGAGAGAGCACUCGUCACACCCCUCUGUCUCAGACCUCGAGCCUCAAGAGCUGGCAGUGGUGCUGGCUGCUGUGGAUGAUGACGUCCCAUCCUCCGACUUCACGGCAUGGGAGGUGCCCAUCAGGGUGGUGCCCUCCGCCCGAGCCUUCCCCUCCCUGCCCCGGGCACACGCGGUGGCGCCUCUGGCCCAGCUGCAGCGGAUGCUGCUGAUGGAGGAGAAGGAGGCGUAUGAGAAGGCUGUAGAGAGCAUGCACACAGAGGCAACAUGGCGAGCUCAACCCGUUGGAGCUGAUUCACCACCAUGCCACCUGCCAGGCAUACCUGUCAUGGCCUCUCGUCCCCCCUCUCCCCUCCCGUCCCGUCUGCCCUCCCUAUCUCUUUCCACUUCUCCUUCCCUCUCCUACCAGACACGGCGAGCCCAACCCAUUGGAGCUGAUUCACCACGAUGCCACCUGCCAGGCAUACCUGUCAUGACCUCUCGUCCACCCUCUCCCCUCCCGUCCCGUCUGCCCUCCCUCUCUCUUUCCACUUCUCCUUCCCUCUGCACCAGACACUGUGAGCCCAACCCGUUGGAGCUGAUUCACCACCAUGCCACAUACCAGGCAGCUCUGUGCCGCUUAAUGGAAACCUGCCUCGUCCCGGCCAUCGCCGCUCUGGAAGACAUAACUCGGAGCAACAAAGCAGCGAAGCAGCAGCACUGCCUGUCGUAUCAAGGUCUGUUGGACCUUCCACUCGGGACACGCGCACACAGGCAGGGGGGCCUGCAAAACGGCAUUCUGGCAAUUCCAGUCAUUCCAGGGAAACAGGGCAGGCGAUGGGGCAGGUGCAAGCCUCACGGCGUGACGCCCCUGCACGAGGCGACAGGGCAGGUCAGAGGAGCCCUGCUCUGUCAGCAGGUAUGGGCACAGGCACAGACGGAGGCAUGGUUACAGGCACGGCCACAGGCGUGA